CUACAAAAUAUGCUUGUCGUUAGUUUCAUAAUAUUCGCCAGUUUUGCUAUAAACUCAUUAUCCGCAAUUAGUGAUGAUGGAACCCUGGUAAAAAUAGAAUCAGGACUUAUUAGGGGUCGAAUUCGGCAAAGCGAAACUGGUAAGAAUUAUUGGGCCUUCCAGGAAAUUCCAUACGCAGCACCACCACUUGGAGAAAACAGGUUUCAACUUCCUCAAUCACCAAAACCAUGGAGCGACGUAUUGAACACCACGAAAAACACAAAAAUUUGCUACCAGCAACGAUCGAGGUACUCGUAUUUACAAAUAAGCGAGGAUUGUCUAUACAUAAACGUGUACACUCCAGUAAAACCAGGCAGUAACCAAUCCCUACCAGUUAUACUAUGGAUUCAUGGCGGAGGAUUUGUAAGUGAAUCCGGUAUUUACGAAUAUUAUGGCCCGAAGUACAUCAUGGACCAUGGAGUAGUUGUUGUUUCGUUCAACUAUCGACUCGGACCUUUCGGCUUUUUGGCCACUGACGAUGGUGUGAUUCCUCCUAGUGUUGGAAUGGAAGAUCAAAUUUUCGCCAUGAAAUGGGUCCAAAGGAACAUCCAGCAAUUCGGUGGCGACCGAAACCACGUAACUAUACAGGGUGAAAGCGCAGGAUCGGCGGCUGUAGGGCAACAUUUAUUAGGACCGUGGAAAGGAGAGCAACUCUUUCACGCUGCAAUUAUGCAAAGUGGCGCCCCACUCAUGGGUUCACCUAUACCUAAAAAUUUUACGACCAUUGUUGAAAGCUUAGCUAAAGAAAUCGAUCCAACUUUUUCACCUAAUAAUACCACAGACUUAUUGAAAUUCUUGCAGAAAGCUGACGCAAAGGAUAUUACUAAACAAGACAUAAGACAGAUGAGCUUUAAUAAACCCUUAAAUCUUCAGCAUUUGUUAGAUGGUAAUUACAAAAAAGUGCCCGUUAUAAUCGGAUUCAACUCAGAAGAAACUAUUUUCCAACUAGCAUCAUUAACAACGGAAAUUCUAAAACAAGCCGAUGACAAUCCCGCUUCGCUAAUUUCCGACGGCAUGUACAUGUCUGAAGAAAACAGAAAAAUUGCCGGAAAUAAGAUGAAAGCAGUAUAUACGAAUAACGGGUCUUUUGUCGAUCAUCCGGGUGCUUUUGUUCGGCAUUCAAGCGACCAAAGCUUCACAAUACCAGCUUGCAAAACUGUGGAAAUAUGUUCCAAGGACGUGCCGUAUUAUCUAUAUCAAUUUGCAUACAAAGGUCCAUUAGGCGGACAAAUGUCGCUUCCGUACAGCAACGAAACAGGAAGAGUAGGACACGCAGAAGACCUCCAUUACAUGUGGGAAGAAAAGGGGACGAACAGCGAUCUCGACAAAUUUCCCAAAGAAGACAGAUUGAUGUUGCACCGUUACGUGAAAAUGUGGACGAAUUUCGCCAAAUAUUUCAACCCAACUCCGGAGAAGGACCCUUUUUUGGGCAACGUCCAAUGGCUAAAAUCCGAACCACAAACUCUGAGAUACUUGAACAUCAAUUCGACCUUAGAAAUGCGAGAAAAUCCAAGACAAUAUAGAGAAAUUAAAGGAAUUUUGGAAACUUACAUGGAAAAACCGUACGACUUUUUUGAUUAAAUUUAAAAAACAUCUUUUUGAAAAUGAAUGUGUGUAAUUAUUUAAUUAAAUUGUUGAAUAAUGCUACUUUAAAA